AAGGAUGGUAGAGUUCGGAUGGAUUUAUUUCAAAUGCAGCAGAAAUAAGCAUCUAUUAGUAUCAAAUUUUCAAAAUCAACAAAAAAGUGGUUGAUUUCAAAUCAUACGUUUAGUGAAAUUUAAAAAUUCCUGAUUUUGAUGGUUAAUAACUACUCUUUUGAUGAUUUAAUUUCAAGUGGCUGAUGAAAUGUUUCAAUCUUAAUUCUUUUUUAAAUUGCGUCCGAAACCUUUUAUAUGAAAAAUGUCUGAAUGCUUCGUAAAAUUCGAAAAUCCAGUUUCAAAAGAAACCAUUAAUUAUUUGGUUGUUGAAUACUUGAAAUAUACUUUAUACUCUAGAGGACAAUUUCCCCUUCCUCUUGAUCAAUUGAAAAGAACAAUACAGACGACCACAGAAAAAUUCGAGGCUGUAAAAAUUGAUGACCAUACUGUGUAUUACGAUGAAAACUGCCAACAUCCUAGUUCCAAGCCUAAAAAAAGAAGUGAAAGGACCAAGCAAAAUUUUAUGGAUUCAAUUACAAGAUUUGAUAAAUUCUUUAUCCAAUUACAAGAAAUACUACAAAAUGAAGAAGUUCUAGAAGUCGUCUUAAGUUUGGGUGCUAAUAUGAUGAAUCCUCGUGAGCUUCAUCGAAUCACUCUACCAGUUUAUUGUCAAGAAACUACUUGUGCUAAUGAUCCUUCUAAAUUUCAACGCUAUCGUCUGGAAUUCUUUAAGAUCCUAAUGGAAAGUUCUAUUUUACAAGAUAUAGGUUUAGACAAUCCUACUUCCAUAUCUGUUCUCUUAAAGUUGAAAUCUGGGGUAACACUUACAGAAUAUAUGGAGCAAAAGAGAUUUUAUGCCCCUCCACAGAAAUGUAAACAAGUUAUUCUGCGAUUUGAUAGUAAUAGUGUGGCCAAUUUUGAUUUAGAAUGUUCUCCUGAAAAAAACUCUAAAAGCAAUGCAGCUGUGGCUUGUCAAUCUUCAGAUUUAUGGGUUAAACUAAAAUCUGAACUUAAAGGAUUUAAAAUUUUGAAAGAAUCUGUAACAGACUUGACUGUCAACAUCUUCUGAUAUGAAUUUUAAUGUUAUGGAAAUUUCGUCACAUUAAUAUGCACCUAAUAAUUGAUUAGAACUGAUUAAAUUAUAACUUUUAUGUUGCAUUAAACAUAGAAUUUUUUUUUUUAUCAAAAAAAUAAUUGUAUUUUAAACAUUAUAUUUUUAAUACAUCUUGUAAUGAAGCACUUGGUUUUAAAAAAAAAUUUCUCGAAUUUAUUUCUUACCCAUAUAAAUAAUUUACAAGCAAUAACACAUUUUAACAAUUUUAUUUUGAUAUACUUCUGUUUGUCUAGCAAGAGAGCUCCCGUCUAAGCCACUGGGGCUAUCUACUACUAUGUAAACAAGAUGGUCUUUUAAAAAGGAAACUUCUUUCACGCUAGCCAAAACCUGAGUAUUGACUCACCAUCUUUACUUAAACUUGUUUCAUCUCACUCCAAUGUUUCAGACAACUGACGACAAAAUUAUUUUGUUAAGAGUCUAUGCUGGUUGUAGAAAUGCAGCAAGAUUAUUAUAAAGGCAUAUGUGCAAUGUUAUGUAAAGUAAAUUGCAAGAAAGUCAGACUCAUUUUUAAAAUAACAAUGAAUGUGUUUCAAACUAAAAAAAAAAAAAACAUAGUCAAA